UGUCAAAAGGCAGCCGCGGAGCGAAGGCUCCGGGACCGCGAGUCGCGAGCCCACCGGACGGACAGAUCCUGUGAUCCCAGGACCCUGCUCGCCGCCUGCUGCUUCAGGGAUGGAGGCCGUGGCAGCCAGCGCUUCCCUGCCUGACCCUGGCGACUUCGACCGGAAUGUGCCACGGAUCUGUGGAGUGUGCGGUGACCGGGCCACCGGCUUCCACUUCAACGCCAUGACCUGUGAGGGCUGCAAGGGCUUCUUCAGGCGCAGCAUGAAGCGGAAGGCGCUGUUCACCUGCCCCUUUAGUGGGGACUGCCGCAUCACCAAGGACAACCGGCGCCACUGCCAAGCCUGCCGGCUGAAGCGCUGCGUGGACAUCGGCAUGAUGAAGGAGUUCAUCCUGACGGAUGAGGAGGUGCAGCGGAAGCGGGAGAUGAUUCUGAAGCGGAAGGAGGAGGAGGCCCUGAGGGACAGUCUGCGGCCCAGGCUGUCCGAGGAGCAGCAGCGCAUCAUUGCCAUCCUGCUGGACGCCCACCACAAGACCUACGACCCUACCUACGCCGACUUCUGCCAGUUCCGGCCUCCGAUCCGCGAGCUGGAGUGUGGACAGAGCUGCCCGUGGAAGCCCACACCCAGCUGCUCCGGGGACUCCUGCUGCUCGGGCUCAGACCACCUCAGUUCCUUCUCAGACCUGAUGGAGCCGUCCAGCCUCUCCAGCCUGGAGCUGAACCAGGAAGACUCAGACGACCCUUCGGUGACGCUGGACCUGUCGCAUCUCUCCAUGCUGCCCCACCUGGCGGACUUGGUCAGCUACAGCAUCCAGAAGGUCAUCGGCUUUGCCAAGAUGAUCCCAGGCUUCAGGGACCUCACCUCCGAAGACCAGAUUGUGCUGCUCAAGUCCAGCGCCAUCGAGGUCAUCAUGCUGCGCUCCAACCAGUCCUUCACCACGGAUGACAUGUCCUGGGACUGCGGCAGCCAGGACUACAAGUACAACAUCAGCGACGUGACCAGAGCUGGACACAGCCUGGAGCUGAUCGAGCCCCUCAUCAAGUUCCAGGUGGGGCUGAAGAAGCUGCACCUGCACGAGGAAGAGCACGUGCUGCUCAUGGCCAUCUGCAUCGUGUCCCCAGACCGUCCCGGGGUGCAGGACACCCGGCUGGUGGAGGCCAUCCAGGACCGCCUGUCCAACACGCUGCAGACCUACAUCCGCUGCCGCCACCCUCCACCGGGCAGCCACCAGCUCUACGCCAAGAUGAUCCAGAAGCUGGUGGACCUGCGCGGCCUCAACGAGGAGCACUCCAAGCAGUACCGCUGCCUGUCCUUCCAGCCGGGCAGCAGCACCAAGCUCACGCCCCUGGUGCUCGAGGUCUUUGGCAAUGAGCUCUCCUGACCGCCCUCCCCCCCCACCCCCUGCAGCC